GAGUUGAAAUUCAGCAUUGAAGAUUUCUAAAUUGAAACUCAAAAGUCUCAAAAAGUCUUAGAAGUCUUAGAAUUUUUAGUCACUUGCCCUUUCUUAUCUUAUCAGCCCUAUCAUCUUAUCUGGAAAGUAAGAGCAUGGGCCACCUUUGAUUCUACUACGAACCUUGGGAACGUUUGAAGAAUGGAGACUUGUGAUUAUCCAUGUCCCUCUUCUCCAAGAACACUCGACAUCUCAGAUCAUUACAAGAUAAAGAAGCAUAUACCAUACAAGAUGCGUCAAAGGAUUACCUACUUCCAUAAAAACGAGAACGGGGUUGAGCCUCGGUCCUUGAAGCUUUCAAGUCGCUCUAUCUCUGGUCCAGAUAUCGUCGCCGAGCGAGAAGACCGAAUCACAUUAUCUCUUGAGGAGCUUCCCAUAGAGCUUCAGCAUGUGCUGAGAGAGUCCCAAGAGCUGUACAUAAGAUGGCAAAAACCUACCGCCUUCACAACGAUAGGUCCUUGGAACUCAAAGAUACCUCCGGGUCUACAUGUGUUUUACACUCCUGGAAACAGCGAGAAGCCUGAUGGCGGGCGCCUAUGUCGCUUCUUCCGGACUGCCUUCGGGCCUCUAGAUUGCUCAUCCACCUCUGGGUCAUUCACAAAGUUACCCAACGAUCGAUUUUCCCAUACGACCGCCUAUCAGUUCUACCACAUCCUAAACGACCUAUCACAUUUAUCUUCCUACAUAGAACAGUAUGUCUGUGUCUCCGGCAACUCGGAAUGCAAGGCGCGGGCCCAGCGACUCUUGGACGCAAACUCGGUAGACUUCUCUUAUGAUGCAAUCUCUCAUGUAGUGAAAGUCAGCGCCCUAUGGCCUCACGAACGACAACCGCUAUUUAUCGACUCCCAACCAGAACACAGAGCAGAAGUCGGCAUCAUGACACCGGAUUACCCACCACACUUAGAACCGCAUGAGCUCGGCGUUACCGGAUUACUCACAGUAUUGGGUGAUGAGUCCAGACCUGCGCCGACCCUAUUCACUUUUCCAUCCCGGCAUAAGCCUGCGAUCCGGUCGAGUUUCUCGUCCAGCUUCCUCCGCCCAUGGGGCCUACACCCCACAUUACAGCUGAAGAUGAGUUCAAGCAAACCGCCACUAGAAGAAUCGUCUUGUUCGCUACACACAUAUCUCACCCUCCCCCGAACCAUAUUUGCAGACAAGUAUCAGCUCGGAGAUGAGCUAUUCUUGUCAUCCAAGAACUUGACGUCAUUGCGUUACAUCAGCCAACCUGUAGAUCUUGAGGCACCGAGUUAUGCCAUGAACAUCUGGGGCUCCAGUGCUCUUCUAGAAUUGAAGACACCCGAUGCAAGGGAGAACAGGGAAUGGACAGCUGAGAUACCACUUCACCUUCGGUAUCUAGCACCUUCGGAACAAGGAUACAGGAAUAUCAGUGUUCCCUGGCCGGUAGUUUUCUGGGCUUGUACCGCGGAAGACGGUACGAAAUUCCCCAACAGCCCAUUCGAUAGGGUCAACUUGGGAUACGACGGCCUAUUUGGGCCUCGUACAUUAUUCUUCCACGUUGAUGCGAAACCGAUUGAAGGCGAGAAUCUCUAUCAUGACAUCCAGGUGCCAGUCCUCGACCUAGGACUGUCGAACCGGAUCAGCUCCGGAACAGCAACGAUAGUGAUGAUGGGAUUCGUUUUUGUAAUUUGGAAGCUCGUAUCAGUCUGCCUCGGAAUCCCAAAAACCAGUGUGGUUGCAAGCCCUAAACGAGGGAGGAAGAGGAAGUCGUUAUGAUUGUAUAUUAUGGGAUGAGAGACGUUGACGACAUUGUUCAUUACCUGGGUUUUGGGUAGGUACUUACAGGAGACGGUUGUGGAAUCCAGCCAUGGUUGGUUAUGGGCGUUAGAGGGUCAUGUGAUCGCAUGGUUUCGCGUCACUUG